UUCCUUUAUAUUUUUCGUACUCAUUCUACAUUCCUAACUGGAAGAGGUGGAGUUGGCAUUCUUUAGUAAAUAAUGUUUUCGCUUUUUUAAAAUAAGCAAUAUUACUUUUUCAUCAUCGUUAAGGGAUUAAAGCGUGUCAUGAUCCAGUCAUCAAAAUGUGUAAGUGUCAUGGGCGUUGUGUGUGCUAUGACUGAUGUUCAAACCUGGAGGUCGAAAUUUGUUUACCAAGACGUCUGUUGACUCAAGAGUGAUGACUUAUAAGAAAUGACCACUAUUUCAGCUAUGUGACUUAAGUCUCUUUAUGUCGAAAGAUUUUCAUACAGCACUGCUGCACUUUGGUGUGAUCAGAAAAAUGUUAUCAUUUGUUCUUACAUUUAUCACAAUAUUUUCAUUGGGAGCAGCACAGUCCAGUCAGGUCAGCCGAGUCUGCCAGGAUGGAUUCAGAGUAUGUUUCCAGGCGUUAAUGGAGAGCAGUUCCACACACCCAUCCAAUGUAGCACUGCUGUGCAGGGACACGGAUAACUUUGAGCAGUGUUAUAGGAACUCCUGUCCAGUAUCCGAUGCUGAUAUUCUGAGAAUAAGACAAGACUUGGCAAGGAACGGCUAUCAGUGCGGUACUAAUAUUUCACAAGCUACUAAUGCUCCGGGAACAGCGACCACGCCAUGGGCUUUACCCAACAGAAACGUUAGCGCACCUUGCCAAUCCGCUGUGGACCUCUGCACCAAGGAUUACGUGACGGCCCUGCUGAACAAAACAGAGAACGGACAAACAGACGUAAACUCUGUGUGUUCAAUGUCUUACGAUUUUAUCAAGUGUGUUGCCAGGUCCUGCAAUACAGACUCUGUCAUCAAACAGAUCAAAGAUGGUUUCGAAGCUGAACUCUGGAAAAAGGGAGUAACUUGCUUUCUAAGCAUGACAGGCUCAAACGUAUCAGAAAAUGCCAGUGGUAGCUUCACAAGGACGGAACCAGUGGUUAAAAUAACAGCUUUAAUUGCCACACUUAUAGUCAUCUUGAAACAAUACUUUUAAUCAUUUUUGUGAUUUAAAAUUCUUUCAUUUUUUGUACUGUUGGCUAAUAUUGUAAGGACUUUCAAAUAUAUUUGUGUAUGCAAUAUCCAUCUAUUCCAUUUAAUCCAUUUCUAGGAUAAGAUAAUGACAAGGGCAGAGUUAACAACACAGAACAACAUUCUACAAGAGAGAAUUGUGGCAUUUUAAAAUCUAAUUUCUCUGAUUAAAGUACAAAGACAUGGGCUUCCGCGAACAUACAAUCACACGUGAUUCCACAAACAUACAAACACCUGUGCUACUGCAAACAUACAAUCACAUGUGCUUCCACAAACAUACAAAUACAUGUAUUUUUAACAGAUAUGCUAAGUACAUGCUGCCACAAAAAUGCAAUCAUAUAUGCUGGCAUUUUAAAAAUAUUUUUAAACAAUUAUAAUAAUCAUAAGUAUUUAAUAUUUAAUGCAAUAUAUAUAUAUAUAUAUAUAUAUAUAUAUAUAUAUAUAUAUAUUAUAUCUAUUAUAUGUUUUAAUAAAAUAUAUUUUGACUUAUUGUUAUGGGCUCCAUGUGUUUCCUAAGUGAUGAAGAAAAGGGAAAUUAAUUGUUAGUCUUGUAGAAUGAUGCAAGCUAAGCGGCUCUGUCAUAAUCUAUGUUAAGAAUGAGAGACGACUCUAGGAUGCCAGAGUGUACUGACGUGUUGUUAUAGUGAGUUAGAUUUCUUUAAAUAUCAGUUUAUUUCAUUUCAUCGCAAGUUGAAUUUGUCAAUAUUGUAAUAAAAGUUAUAUUUAGCUUUG